AUGGGAGAUACAGUCUGCAGGUGGUGGAGGCAAUUCUACAUGGGUAGCAAAACUAUCAAUGUUGAUCGUGUUGUCCCCGAUCAUAACUGGUAUGGGCUCAACAAUCGACCCUGGUAUAUGAGAAGCAGACUUUUCCGCCUUCAGAGGUGGACUCAUGAUUUUGAUGCAACGAUUUCUGUCAUUGACAGUAUCAUUGUUUGGGUUUGUUUGCCUAACUUACCUCUCCCCCAUUGGAAUACCAAGUCUUUGGAGCAAAUUGUCCAGCCUCUGGGGCACUUUAUUUUGGCUGACGAGAAUACUCUUGCUGCCAAGAAGUGUAUCUUUGCGCGUGUUCUAGUGGAACUGGACCUUCGUUAUCCUCUUAAGAGAACUGUCAUUACUCAUAAUACUGACGGUUUUCCUUCUACUACCAUUAUGGUCUCUUAUGAAGUUGUGUUUGAAGUUUGCUUUAGAAAAGGUAAAGGGAAGGGAAACUUCUAUCAAAAGCAAGGCUCUGGUAAUUUGAGGUUUAUGCCUAAGUCCAACAAUGUUGUUCCUGGUGUUAGCUUCAAGGAUGCUGCUGUUGGUAUUGGUGUGAUUGGUGAUAAGGUAGGAAAGGAGAAGAAAAAGGAGGUUAUUGUCAUUUGUGAUGGUUCCUCCCAGGAGGUCGAUUAG